GACAAAUCCGUGCUCGAGUGACGUGGGGACGUGUGCGCGCUGAAUAUCUCCUAUACACUAUCAGUCUUGAGAGAGAUUCGCGUUUGUAACUUCUAUUUUUAUAACCACAAUUAUUUGACGACGCGAGACGAGCAAACCCCAUCAGUUGUUUUCUUUUCUAACUCGUUUGCGGUCCAUUUCUCUUGAUAUGCAAUUAUCUCUCCUCGUCUUCCUCUUUGGGAACGCGACGGUCUUCAAACAGGAGACAAACUAAACUGGUUUUUUUUUUUUAUCAGCUAUGAGCAGAAGUGACACAAAGUAAGCCCAAAUACAUACAACGGGUCACAGAGACCAACAGCAGCUUCUCCACUGUGGUUGAUCUGUGAGAACAGAAGAAAAGAGGAAGCAAACGAGUGCAGGAGUACAGGAGGACAGGAGUGAGUGAGGACAGUCGAUGGAUGCUGCCCGGAUCGAGGGGACAGCACAUUCUCAUCUGACGAGGAAAAGAAAGAUUUCAAAAUUGAGUCGAAGGACAGAAACUCGCCGUCAGGCAUGGUGUGUGAGAAGGGCAUUCAGAUCCUUCUCACCAUCGUGGGUGCAUUCGCAUCCUUUGGCCUGAUGACGGUGGCUAUCGGCACUGAUUACUGGCUGUACUCGCGGGCGCUCAUCUGCAACAGCACCGCCAACAACACACAAGAGGACCCCCAUAAUAAGGACAAGAAGGACCCCGGGGCCUUGACGCACUCUGGCCUGUGGAGGAUCUGCUGUCUGGAGGGGGUGAAGCGUGGCGUGUGCUCACAGAUCAACCACUUCCCAGAGGACGCUGACUUUGAUCAUGAUGGAGCAGAAUACGUCCUGAGAGUGGUUCGGGCCUCCAACAUCUUUCCCAUUCUUAGUGCCAUCCUGCUGCUAAUGGGAGGUGUCUGUAUCGCAGCCAGUCGCUUUUACAAGAGCAAAAGGAACAUCGUGCUGGGGGCUGGCAUUCUGUUUGUAGCCGCAGGCCUGAGUAACAUCAUCGGUGUGAUCGUGUACAUCUCUGCCGCUCUGGGGGACAUUUCUCCCAAAAAGGACGAAGACAAGAAAUGGCAGUACUCCUACGGCUGGUCUUUCUACUUCGGCGGGCUCUCCUUCAUCCUGGCGGAGAUGGUGGGAGUCCUGGCGGUGAAUAUCUACAUUGAAAAGAACAAGGAGCUGCGCUGUCGCACUCGUACUGACAUCUUUAAGAGCACCACUCACGCCAUGCUACGCCUCCCCAGCUACCGAUUCCGCCGCCGGUCUCGCUCCAGCUCCCGCUCCACUGACCCCUCGCGCUCUCGAGACCCGUCCCCAGUUGGAGGCCCGCCAGGGGGGAAGAACUUCGGGAUGCCCCCAUCUGCGUUACUCUCCCAGGGGCCCAUCUCCGUGUCCACACUACCCAACCCUCACUCCCGCUCAGCUCUGCCAGGGGGCGAUAUUUCGCUUUACACCCUCUCCCGAGACCCCAAACUGGGAGGUAUAGGAGGGUUGGGCGCCCCUCCGUUGUAUGGGACGGUGGAUCGCGCCACUUUAUACCAGCUGCACAACUGCUUCCCUAAGGAGGGCGGAGGAGGCAUGAUGAUGAGCGGGACGCUUCCCUCUCUCAAAUCCCACAAUCCCUCAGGGGUCCAGAAUUCUUCCAACUCUAACGCUCCGCUAAGCAACUCCGUCCCGUCCUCCCAACCUCCACCUUUUUCAUCGUCCACGGGGGAGCGGGAGCGAGGAAUGGGGACGCUGGAUAGGCUGGGUAAAGGUGACCGAGAGAGUAACUCCAACACACUAAAUAGGAAAACCACACCAGUGUAGAUAAACAGCGAGUGUUAGCGAGAGCUAAAAAAAAAUUAUAAUAAUAACAAUAAAUUGAGGAGUAACACUCGGAAAAUGUUGUUUCACAUGAAAGAGGCCUGGAUAAACAUCUCAUAGUAACAACAACACUCAUGUUUACUUUCCAGUAGUGUUUUUUUAAAACAAUAAUCAUGGGAUACUGUGAUGUUUAUUAUUUUUGCUUGAUUUUAAUGACGUGGAUUUUAUUUGACGAUGGUGAAGUGUUGUUGUUAUUAGGAGUACGUUUGAAUCAAACGAUUCUGGUUUUGAAGAUGCCGACUGUGAUUCCAAACGAGCGCUGCAGUAACGUGAGCGAAUUCAAAAACGUGUGAGAAUGAGAUUAUUUCGACUAACUUUGUGAGAAGCGUUUUAUUUAUUUUGGAGAAAGUUUUAUUUUCUACCCUUUGAAAACAUGCAAUUUAGUGUGUAAUAUCUGUAUAUCUGUCUUCCAGCUCAGUUAACAGAACAGCAGCGUAAUUGAUGGACUGAAACCACAAAGAGUUGAAAUUUAAAAGAUUUUUAUAAAAAAAACAAACCUAUCGUCAUAUUAUUUUUGUUAAAAUCACUGUUAGCAGUAGAAGUAGCACUUGUUGAAUUGAGAAACUUUGUUUUGGGGCAUUAAAACAUUCCCUCACUUGGAUACAGAGGGACAGAUGAUAUAUUUGUAUAAAGAAAAUGGUCGGAAAAAAAGGGACUUCUACCCAAAACUGUGCUUUUCAAGUGGCGGGGACAAUGAAGGACAAUUUAAUAAUUGUUUACUUGACAGGUCUAUGAUGGAGAAAGGUUGAAAAAAAAUCAAUUUUAAAAAUGCAAAUGUAUAUUACACAUAACUCUAUUUGAAAAAAAAAAAAAACAUUUUGGA